AGAAUCAUUCUCCUUUGAUGAAUUACAGGUGAUAUCAUCGAAAAAGACAAGUAGAAUUUUUAGGCAUACAUGUAUUGAAGCGUAUUAGGCCUUUUAAGUGAACAAAGUGAAUCAUCCAGAAAUUUUGCACGAUGACAGCUCUGAAAGUAGUUUAUACUUUUACCUUAAUGUUUUUCAUCGGAACCGAAGCAGUGCGAACUAGGCUAAAGAUUUAUGAAAACAUUCAGGGGGAUAUGUUUUGUUUCCGGAGGAUGAAUGCCACUCACCAGUUUGGGUGUGGUUCUGCCUCUGGUGGAAAUGUCGGUGUCAUACAGUUAGUAGAAAACUCCGAAGAUCUUCAGAAGAUCCUCGACACGGGAACAAACCCCCCAUACAUCGCCGCUAUUAUAGAGUCUUUCUUCAACAUGGGAAAUAUGACUUUAUUGAAGAAUUCAGAUCGUGUAACGGGUGUUAUGGUAUUGAAGGAAAGUGAAGAAAGACCAGAACGAGGAUUUUCUCCAGACCAAAGUUGUCCGAAUCAAAGGUUUGGUAAGUAUGAGCAGACAUACAGAA